AUGGUCCGAUUUGACCGCCUUCCGAACCAUGCCACUUAUGUCCUCCAUCUGUAUCGGUACAGCAUAAGAAACGUGAAGUACAGAAUCUCGUCAAUUGGUCUGCAAAGAGACAUUCUCGUCGAACUUCGCCGUAUCUCGAAGGAGAAUAAAAGCGAUAAACCGGCUUUAGUCAUCCAUAACCUGCUGAAACAGUUGAACGAAUUCAAUGAGUCCUUGGAACAGGGUCUGAUCUCCCAGUGGUCACAAUAUCUGCCCCAGCCCGCUCAAACACAGCGUUCAGCAUCUCGCCAACUGUGCGUGAGUAUUGAAAAGCUGUCAGCGCGGCCUCCACAGGACCCAGAAGUGUCGCGGCAAAUGUCCAUACUGUCCCGUUACGUCUCUGUGCGACAAAGGAAGGGUUACUUACCGCGCAAUAUUCCGAAGAAAUACAUGCAAACCUUACUUUUACCGGUUGCGUUGCACGCCUACGGGAAACAUAAACUAGAUCGCAUCGAUGCCCAGCUGCAAAAGGGAAUACCUCAAGCGAAGUUGGCGUAUACAAUGGCAGGGAGAAGCAGGAUAUGGUUUGUACGCUCGUCCGUGAAUAAAAACGCACAGCAGUCUAAGACCUUAGGGGUCCGUAUACGGCAGGCUAGGGAUCAACACCAAUCUGAAUUGAAUUCAGUAGAGAGAUGCCACGAGUUCCAUGGGGUAUGGGCAUCAUACGAGGCACAAUGGGAGGAGUACCUACUCCAAAACGUGGGAUCUACACCUCCGCCGUUAGUCUCUCUCACCCAGUUUAUCGGAGCCCCGAACAGGCACUCUAGUGUCGUUCAGAGCUGGAUGGUAUACUUACAAGAUGCCUGUGCAGCGAUAGAAAAAAAAUCCCUGAGCAGAAUGCUUGAGUUCCAACGCUACCGGGAUGAUGUCUUAAUCGAAGGAGGUGUGCUGGCGCAUUACCAGAGAAAGACUGAACAAAUGUACAACAAGAGGAAAACGCGGUACGAUACCAUGCUCCAGAAUGAACUGACUCAUCCCUUCCCAUUUGCCUCCGAAAGGAAUAUGUAUCAUGUAUUAAAAAGGAACCAGUUCUAG